CGCAAUCUCUGUGAAGACGACGUGCCCCUGAAGCGCAACCUCACUUUGCCAGUUGAUGUCGAAUUGCAACAUUGCUGACUCGCGCAAUCAUUGAGUUGUUAUCGGAGUCAAUAUCGGCCCGCCGAACAUCAGCACCACGUGCAUGAUCCAGCCUACGACGACUGUGAUGCUUCACGUGUUGAAUGGGUCUACGAGUAUCACAUAAUUUCUAAUUUCAUCACUUCAAACAUGGCUUUCCAAUCGCCUCGCCAUUCUCAGAGCUUCUACCAAUAUGAUGCCUCUACCCCUCCACCUCCCCCACCUAAGCCUGGCAAUUCAAGUGGCACAGCAACACCCUCAGGUCCUCCACUACCGUCACCACCGCCUGGCCAGUCGCAGUCUUAUGGCAACUAUCAAUUAACGUAUUCACAAAAUGAGCCUCAACCCGAUCCAUAUCAACUAGCCGUCCAACCUCCCAAUGACGGUUGGUUGCCUGAAUGCGUCAAAGACAAAGCAACAAAGGAUCUACACCAAAUAUUGCAGACUCCAGAGCUGCAACACGCUAUCAUUCACAAUCCAGAAACGGCACAUAGUUCCCUUCGGGCAUCUACAGCACCAUUGCAAGCAUUUCUCGCUCAGAACGUCCAGCUUGCAGAAUCACUGAAGCAGCUUGAAGCACACGUACAGCAUCAACGCGAUGGCACACAAUCACGCCUGCUUGCUCUUCGAGCCCUAGAACGUCAAUGGAGAGCCAAACAAGCAGAGCAGGAUGAAGCUUUGCGAGAGUUCAGUCCACCAGCGCUAUAUCAGCGCUUGAGUGCUGCUGUCGGUGAGCAAGAAGCGUUGUGUCGAGGCCUGGAAGAAAGUUUCCUGGAUGGCGAGGGCGUUGGUGGUAAUGAUGCGAUCGCUAGUGAACGAGAGGUGAUCGAUUUCGUAAGGCGUAUAAGAGAAGGACGGAAGAUCGCCUACCUCAGAGCGGAGCGUAAAGAGAGAUGGGAUGAGGGCCGAGUCGGUGGAUGGCGUUGAGGCUGCAGUGGGAAAGCACGUAACCUGCCAUCAACGUAUAGGGCAGGUGCGAGGUCUCCGCUCCCAGCAAGCAGCAACAACCUUAGACUGUGCAGGUUUUAUCCGCCGAGCGUUGGCAAGAAAGACUAUACGAUGCGCGACGACGCAACAGCACCAAAUCCAUAAUGCGGUGCUUGUUUCGACCAAUGCUCCAUCGUGACCCAUCCUCACAUCAGCCAUUUUAGUGCCAACGCCAGUCACAACUUCGCUAUUCUCUAUACAUCUGCACAUCGAUCAUUACUGCAGCAGCACAUUCGUAUAUCAAGAUGUCUUUUAC